AUGGAUAUCGAAACAUUUUUCAGGCGGAUCGACAGCGAUCUCGUUCAAUAUGCUGAUGCAUUUCGCCAGCUUGGAUUUACUACUUCUAGUCAAACAAUGAAGUAUUGGCGGGAGGAGGAUUUUGGAAAUCUUCAAGUGAAUGUGCCAGAAGGACAUCGACGGCUAAUUCUCAAUAUGAUUACCAAACUUCGAACUCCUGAAGUGAAAUCUGAUCGUCAUUCUACACAUACAUUCCCAAAAAGUACAUGGAGUCCUGAAAAAGACAGCUGUUUUCGUUCAAGGAGAGACAUCGCUGUCAAUUUUACUGACAUGACAAAACCUCAGCUCAAGAAAACCGAUACAUCUGUAAACCGAGAAAAAUUGUUCAGUUCCAAUCAUCGCAAACUAGAUACGUCACCAGUAGAGCGCUAUAUCCAGAGCAAAGAGCAGGACAUGGUCGAAAAAAAACGAUGAAAUAAUGCAAAAAAAACAAGAAUUAGAUGAAAUGACGCAUCGAAUCAAAGCAACAUUUCGUAGGGGACAAAAAUGUUCAAAUUGUCACGAAACUAAUCACACGGUUUGGUCUUGUACAGGAGACAAAUGCGAGUGUUUGUGGUAACCUGUCAAAGCACCCCGAUGAGAAGUUGGCUAUUCAAGGAAAGAAACGUGCUAUUGCAUCUCUGGAAACUGCUGCCAAGAAAAUUAGCCAAGAAUUGACUGCUAGGAAAGCGGCGCUAUUACAUGUUAGCAACUCUGUCAAUACGUCCAUCGAGGACAUUCUUCUUGACGAAUACCCAGACGAUUAUACUGAAAACGGUGCGAGAGACUGGUUAAAAAUACAGCAAGAUGUCGCAUUUGUCAAGAAGUCCUUUCGGAGUGGUACAGUGCCUUCUCGCAAUACGGUAAAGAGCGCUAUCGAUGAAAAAUAUGAGGAUAAAGUUCUAAAAGUAAACUCAAGCAGACCAGCGGCAAAGCGACAUAGAUCAUGUUCAGCUAUCGAGACAAAACUCGCUUCCUAUGGAGUACAAUUUCCAGCAAAGAAAAGCAGGCAAAACACCACGAUAGCUCUUGAGCCACAAACGGCAGAAGAAGAACAGGAACAAGUUAGAUUUGCCACUACACUUUCAAUGUUCAACAAGGGCGACGAAAAUGACUUUGUUAACAUUGAUGUAGACGAGGCUGUCGAGUCGAUUCCAGUGAUUCCAGUCAUGAAAGAAAUUUACAGCGUUAAAGAUGACGAAUCCAGCAGUACCAGUGAAGACGAGGCGGCAAGUAUUUUGUUAUCGCUCAGAAACAAUAUGGGCGAUCGUGCUUAA